AUGAUGGAUCUCACCCAGCCACUGUAUGUAGACUGUAGCGUGGAAUAUGAUUUGGACAUGACCAGGUUCCCUGGUUGGGACGACCCCCGGGCCAGGGCCCAGACCGCCUUACUGCUUCAUCUCCCCGGCCACGAAUCUUGCCUAUGUUACCACGGAUGUCCGUCUCCUGAGGACGAGCUCCAGACUAUCCUACGGGAAUUCAGUACUACCGAGGACCAGCUCCAGGAAAUCAUCGAGGAGUUCUGCUUAGAUAUGGAGUCUUCUGAGGACGAACUGUCAUCAUUUGUUGAUGAUGUGCUCGGUUCCACGGAUGGCCUGUUGAUGAUGUCGGAUGCAGUAAGCUCACCAGAUAGUGACAACUUCAAGUCUCCAGACACGGCUCUAUCCAGCACAGAUACAACCUUUAUAGAUGAGACCUGGCCGGAUUUCCUGUGGGGCUCCUAUAUCAUCGACCAGAUGUCGCCGAGUUUAGAUUCGUCGUCCUCAUCAGCACAUUUACCGAUCGUUGAUUUCGACUUUCUCCUCUGCAGUCCUCACCAAGGAUCGGAGCGUCCCUACAGGAAGAGGAAGAAUUCCGGCGAACUCGAUCAUCGACCAUCAGCCAAGAGACCGUGUUACCAUGGCGACGCCCUCCUCAGCGAAGUGUAUUCGACCUUCACCGCGACCAACGACUUCAACUCAUUUGAGAACGAGAUGAGAUACGGACUCAGUGUGUGUGUUCGCGACUGAAAUAGCAAAAAUGUUCAGUGUAUAUAAUAUGUGGACAAUGGAACUGUCAACGGAAAAUUCUGUUAUAUUGUACGUGAUGUGGUCAUACAAUGGACAUUUUAAUUAUAUACUGUAAUUCGUAAAUUAUGUAAAUGACUGACAAUAUCUAGUGCUUUUACUUGUUACACAUGUGUUGUUAGACCUGUUAUGAGUUAU